AGAUGCAGCACCAUCAAUCAUCCCGCAAGACUGUUGGACCCUCAGAACGACAAGUGUGGAAUUCCUCAUGGGGUAUGCCCGAACACGAUUACUGGCGAGCCCACAUCCUUGACUCCAAGCUGCUUGCUUCUGCUCGCUCCUACUCCAACUCAGCCUCUAAGGGCCACUCCAUGGUCAGCUCACGAGGAGCCGAGGAUCAUUAUGCAGCAGUUGGCGAGCAACGGGUGGAGGAGGCAGAGAGUCAGCCUUCCUCGCGCCUGCAGCAGCCCAUCCCUCCCAAAAAAGAGCUCAUCAUCUUCCCCCGACGCAAGGCUGGGCAGCUUAAGAGGGACGCUGACAACGUCGCGCCGGUCCAGCUGACGUUGCAAGUGCUGGAGGACAUCGCGAACAUCCCGCUGGUGGCAGCAGCUAAGAAGCUCGGAAUCUCCAAGACGGCGUUGAAGAACGCCUGUAGGAACUUGGGGCUUGACCGCUGGCCUUUCCGUCGAAGGCUGGAACACGCUAGACAGCACGGCAACGUCGAGCGAGAGUCGUGGAUCAAUUUGCAAGGAUCGAAUGACGCUGCAAGUGAAGAAGGCCAGGAAGAAGAUGAUGAGAUGACAAGCUGGACUCUAGCUGGAAGAGACGCGGCAAGCAGGUCUCAAGGCUCGCUCGGAGAGCAGAGCAGGGCCAAGGAAGAGGCCAAGAGAGGCUUCCAUGGUGCCGACCUGACCAUCGAGACCCUGGCGGCGAAGUUUGAGGCUGAGGGAUCGACGACUGCGUCAACACAGAAGAAGUGAUCUCA